AUGUUUUUUAGCCAAGCAAUAAGAUCAAUAAGGACCAUGCACAUUAAGUCAAUUCCCAUGAGAUGGGGAACUGGAGAUAACUACGCCUAUUUGCUCAUUGACACUCCAACUAAACAUGCUUGGCUCAUUGACCCUGCAGAGCCUGAAGAAGUGUCAAGCUACCUUGACCAAAUUAAGAAUGACUAUGAGUUAAAGGCAAUUGUGAAUACACACCACCACUACGACCACGCUGGUGGCAAUAAGCUGUUCCACAAAAAGUUCCCAGACUUGCCUGUCAUUGGUGGUAAGGAUCUGGAUUUAGUGACUUACACACCUUCCCAUGAGGAAGUCAUUGAUUUGGGUGACAGAUUAUCUAUAACGGCCUUACACACGCCCUGCCAUACCCAAGAUUCUAUCUGUUAUUACGUGACAGACCUGAAGUCGAAGGAGAGAGCGGUGUUUACCGGUGAUACGUUGUUUGUGAGUGGAUGUGGUAGAUUUUUCGAGGGUACUGGGGCUGAAAUGAACAAGGCGUUGAAUGGAAUAUUGGGGAAGUUACCUGGUGAUACUAAAACAUACCCUGGCCACGAAUAUACUAAAUCCAACGUGAAGUUCUCCAGGAAGGUUUUAUCUAACGAUUCCAUCGCCGAGUUGCAGGCAUACGUUGAUGCAAAUGAAAAGACCACGGGUGUUUUCACCAUUGCAGAUGAAUUGAAAUUCAAUCCAUUCAUGAGACUCAACGACCCACAGGUAUUGAAAGCUGUUGGUGGGUUAACUAGCGAGAGUGACAUCAUGGACAAGUUGAGAGAAUUGAAGAAUAAUAGUUAA